AUGACGAUGUUUGUUCCCUUGUUCUUGUUAUCAGCAAGCUGUGUUUUAUCUGCUUGUCCACCUGGUUGGUUUGUCGGUUAUAAUUCAUCAUGUUAUCUUUUUCAUCAACGAUCGUUAUCAUGGGUAAAAGCAUCGCAUUACUGUCUUUCAUUGGGCGGGCAUUUAGCUAGAAUUGAAUCUGAAACAGAGAAAAAUUUAAUUCGUGACGAAUUAAAGCAUUUGUCUGGAGAAUAUUGGAUAGAUGGGAUAGAUGAUGUGACUGAAUCUGACUGGCGCUGGGCGUCAACUUAUGGCAAAAUAGAGCCAACAUUUUGGUUACCUGGUGAACCAAAUAAUGGUUAUGGAAAUGAAGAUUGUAUGGAAACUUAUAACAUCAUCAGAGGUCUUUGGAAUGAUGAGGAUUGUUCUGAUCAUCAGUUUAGCAUUUGCGAAAAAGAAUUUGCAGAGUGA